AUGGAUGGCGAAUCUUUAGACCGACAGGCUUCGGCCUUGGAUUCAAAGCUCGGUGAUGAUAUGGAUCUCGAUGACACAGAGAGCGUCAUGAGUGAUCUGAGCACUGAUGAAUUCACCACAGAUCUCACCACCGACUUUAGGGAUGCCAUGAACCACAUCUGGAUACCUAAACCUUUUAUUUAUCUAAACACUCUGCUUGAUUUCCCUGGCGGUGUGUCUAUUGAAGGAUUUGGCGACAUUAAGAUGCCACUUGAAGAGGCUCAAGCCCGGCAAAUUAUGGCAUACCACGAGGACGCCAUCAUGGAAGAUGAGGAUGACGGUACUGUUUUACUGGAGCUUUUUUCAGAUCAAUUCACCUUAGAUGGCUCCAUCUGGCCGGAUGUCAUUCAAGGCUUCUUAGAUCAAGCUGCUCGCCGUUGCAACAUCACUAUGCCGCUCACGGCAGAGCCUUGGUCUAUGAAAUUGCUUAAGUAUGGGCACAAGUUCGACAGCGAGGAGCUUUUUACAGUAAACGAAUGUUUGGGUAGUAUGACUAUUGUUCUGGCACCUAGACAUGAGGGUGCUAAGAUAGUGGCCAAGAACGGAGACACCGAAGAGCUUGUUUUCGCAUCAAAUCAAACGGCACAAUCCUUUUCGAUGGAGGAUUCAAACAUCGAAUCGCGCUUGAUCAAACCAAUUUACAUGUGGGCUCUGGUCUGCGCUGUUGACCCUCAUCCCGACGCACCAGAUAUUGAGCUGCGGCCUCUACGCCACACACUGAGACGAUGGCUCACAAAAGAUCGUGGAUCACGCGGCCAGGAAGUAAUAUAUUCUCCUCUUAAAAGCGACUAUAAACAAUGGGAUAAUGUUUCCAAGCGUCGCAUUAUACUCGAAGAUCGCUAUCGAGUGGACCAUCUUCAAGAUCUUUCUCUCGAGAUUCCCUUUGAGAUCUUUUUCGCCGCGAGGCGUAUAUAUUCGGCCUGGGCGGCCACCAAAUCACAAAACCGCACAUUUUGGUUGACGAAAAAGACCUCGCACCGCCUACUGAUCUUGGAUAUACCGCAAGCUGUUGUUAUUAUUCCCCGUGAUACGGUAUUGUCUUUCUUCUACGGCAUCCGCUCGUUGGAUGCUGUUGAGUCACUGUGGGUUAACUAUGCUCGAGCUUGUUUGAAGGACAACCGUGCUCCAAGUGCGGUUGUUGUUUUCAAGCAGAUUUGCAAUUUUAUGAUGGCUCCUACGGCUGAAAAUACGGAUGGGCAUUGGGCCAAGCUAGAAAUGGUUCCUAAGCAUCUUCUUGAUGUUCUAGAAGCUCUAUGUGUCACCAGGUCCUAUCCCUGGUUCUCCCGCUUCGCCCGUCGCUAUGCUCGUGAUAUGCCCAAAAAUACCUUUUCUCGACUCGGACGGCGGCAUAACAUCGAAUAUUUGAACGGCGAGGAAUCAUGCAAAGACAUUGAAGCGGUAAUAUAUAUGAUGAUUCUCGCAUAUCCUCGGCCCGCCCAGCAACUCAGGGCAGUCAAAGAGAUUAUUGGCAUUGUACAAAGAAGAUCGCGAAAUGGAAGACCGAGACCCAGGCUCGCUCUAACCCUGGACUACUUUCUUCCAUUCGUUCGCCAGGUGUUAAAAGCAUGCAUUGAGGCAUGUAAAACUAUAGAGUUGACAGCACAAGAUGGUCAGGCAUUAGUCGGAUUUUCUCUAUACUUUGUUGAUCCAUUUGCAAUUCUAUCGCUAAUCAAAGACAAGAUCGGUCUAGAGCGCCAGCCCGCAGCCAUCCUUGGAUUUAUACACAAAUUAGACUAUUAUGGCAGAUCUGAGUAUCUGCCUCGGGAAGAAGCUCUGCAGUUUAGCCUGAACGUUGCCAUGUCUCUAAUUGCCUCGACAGACUUCGCACAAUGGCGCGGCAUAGCCGACGAUUAUUACUUCAAGAGAGAUGAGGAGAAUGUUAUGAGUUACGUCGACUACUUCGACGAUGAAGACAGCGAUCUCGAAGACUGGCUCUACCCCGGCAAUUCUGAGCCCCAUUUAAGUGACCAGGACACGCGUGAGAAGCGCUGGCAGAAAGUUCAGCACGAAAGCUAUUUGCACGAUGACUACGACGAUCACGAGUAUCCAUAUGCAGAUGCUUAUCGGAACUGUCUAUAUGUUGAUAAGGGUCCCUUAGAGAAAUCUAGGGAAACACUUGAUGAGAAGCGAUAUAAAGAGCUGUAUGGUAUCAGCCAAUCUUCAACAUGUUCCCACCCUGGUAUUGAAGAAAAAAGAAUCCAUUAUAGAAGCUUUUACUGCUUCUUCGAACAACUACUCAGACCGAUCGAACAAUAUGAAGAGGUUUUGGAAUCGCUCAUCUCAAAAGUUGUUAAUACUGCGCCACAUAUACCCCAUACUGAAUUCGAUACGCUAUGGAUUCCGCUUGCGAAAGAAUUCAUACCGUAUCUGCAGAUCAUUCGACAAAUUGUAGAUACUGCUAAAGAAUCUCUCGUGUCAGGAUUUCUAUCUGCAAUUCUGAAGGCAUAUGUCAAAACGUGGGUGGGACAGUAUCCGAAGCGCCCUAGCCUCGUGCGGGAAGGAGUCCAUUGCUCGUGUCCUGACUGCAAAGGGCUGAAUGUCUUUUUGGCCGACCCCUCAUUAAGGGCUGGGAGAUUUAAAGCAGAUGAAACUAGAGUCCAGCAUAUUUUAGACGAAAUGACUCGGGCGAAUGUCGAUUUUAAGUCCGAUAUGGUGGAGGAUGCCGGUUCCGUCACCUUGACCGUGAUCAAGACUAUGCGUCUUUUUACACAAACUCGCAGGCAAUGGGGUUACCGACGAUAUCAUGCCACUAGGGAGGUGGCGAAGUUUGGCCAGACAGGGCUCGAAUUCAUCUUUGGCACCGAGUGGAUGUCGUUUAUGAGCAUGGGUCAUCUUGGAGGCGUUGGGUUCGACAACUUGGAGAUACGGACCCUGUUGAGGAUGAAAACUAGGCGUGGCCACAAUUUCAUCCCGGAACAGUCUGCAAACAUGUUUUUUCGAGGCCUGCCACGGCUACCCAAGGCUAGCCAAGCAGGUCGCCCGACCCACAGGAGGAACUCGUGGGAGAUGGAUUCAUCCAGGGACUACCCUUUUUACGACUUCGAAUUCGGGAGUGAUAUUGAUGAUGAUGAUGAUGAUGAUGAUGAUUCUUCGACUUUCUCUCGAUACUCGUCGCUAUUGCUUUGA